AUGAAUGCUUACCUGCAGACCUCAGCAGGCGAUGACCUGAAGGAUAAGAUUGGACUUGUUUAUCAGUUCAACAUCUCCCCCAAGAAGAUUGGGAUUAACGAGGAGACGUUUACGGUGGAUUUGAAGUCCAAGAAGGUCACGGCAGGCGUGUAUGAAGGGAAACCUGACGCAAUGUUCUCUUUCACUGAUGCUGACUUUAUUUCUGUCGCUACUGGCAAGUUAAAUCCGCAAAUGGCGUUCAUCAGGUAA